CCCAUCGGCUCAUCGCCCUUCGCCCUGCAUCUGCCAUCUGCCAUCUGCCAUGUCGCUGCCCACCAGCCCGUCCGUUGUCAUCGUGACCGGUGUCUCACGAGGAGUCGGUCUCGCCAUCGUCCAGGAGCUCGUUGCCGUUGGCUGUUUCGUUCUUGGAGUCGCCCGGACUGCUGCCAGCCAGAUCCCCGCCGAGCUGCGCUCUCUGCCUGCCGACCGAUUCGUCUAUGUCGAGGGCGACUGCAGCAAUCCCGAGCUUCAGCAGCAGAUCGUGGCCAGAGUCGUGGCCACGUGGGGCCGACUCGAUGCCCUGGUUCUCAACGCCGCCAUCAUCGACCCGCUCGAGCGCAUCGCCAACGUCGAUCUGCAGCUCUGGCGAAAGGUCUUUGAUGUCAACUUCUUCGGGGUCAUCAGCCAGAUCCAGAUUGCCCUGCCGCAUCUCCGGCAGACGAACGGACGCAUCAUCGUCCUGAGCUCCCGCGGCGCCGAGGAGGCCCAUGCGGGCGUGAUUCCGUACUGCUCGUCCAAGGUGGCUGUGACCAUGCUUGUCCAGGGCCUGGCGAUGGAAGAAGACCUGGUCUGCGUUGCAGUCAAGCCGGGACAUGUCGAUACCGAGAUGGCCACCAAGCUGCGCGAGGACGGUGCUCUCGUCAUGAACCCGACCCAGCACUCGGUCUUCAAGCAAAUGAAGAAGGAGGGCACCAUCCUGCGCCCCGAGGCCCCAGGCAAAGCGAUUGCUCGGCUUGCUCUCCAUGCCACCAAGGAGCUCUCUGGUCUCUGCAUCAGCUGGAACGAUCCCAGGGCCUCCCCGGAGCAGUAACGGUGUUGCACGAAUCGAGUGCCUCCAUAUAUAAAUCGUCCCUAAUUGCA